AUAUUUUAAAAUUACAAUAGCCAAGAUUCACCUCUCACAAUUACUUUUAAAGAAUGUCACAAAACUAAACAAAUUCAAGUAAUAAUGCUGCUACCCUUGAAGACUUUUGAGCCCGAGCAACCCGCCAGUUCCAACACGUACACGCUGAAGCGCCAGAUAGCGAAGCAUGGAACGAAAACACAAGAGAUGCUGUUUCAAGCGUUCCGAUUCAAUUUGCAGGAUGAGAGAAAUGCGCACGAUGUCGAAGUCCAUCUCGAGUCCAAGCGCCGAGAAUCGCAGCCAACCCACUGACUCGGGAAACUCCAUGCCAGCAGCCGUCAAAGCCUCGUCCAGCUCCGUUUCCCAGAUGACCAAAAGUGGCCCCAAGAAACGCUUCUUGUCGUUUCUCUGGCGGAGCAAGGAGUCCAAGGAGCUGCGCAAGCAGCGCAUGUCCCUGAAGCAGGCCAAAGCUAGGCGCCUGAAGCCCGAUCUCAACAUUCCACUGGAGGAGCAGGACAUUCGCAAGCUCAUCCGACUCUACUGCAAGCACGACAAUCUGUACAAUCCGAAGAACUCGUACUACGGCAACAAGGAGAUCGACGAGGACUGCUACAUCGACAUGACGCGCUCCUUUCCCGGCCACACCAGCGACGAGCUGCGCGGCUACCUGGAGGAGCUGAAGAACCUCUUCGAGCGGGAGUACACCAUCAUCGAGAGCGCCUGCCGCAACUACGGCGAGAUCAUGACCCCGUCCAUCCAGUACUACAACGAGUUCCUCUUUCUGGUGCCCUAUUUGUGCAUCAACUUUGACAAGAAUCGGCCACGCAGCUCCAGCGACCUGGCGCUGCCCAAGCACUCCAGAUCCGCCUCCAGCAUGUUUUCGCAGAAGAAACCCUCCACGACGGAGCUGAAGAAUACGCUGGCCGCCAACGAAAUGCUGCGCAACAAGAUGGCCAAGCUGGCGGCCUGUGGCGUCUCUCCUUGUGCAUGCUUUGGCAAGAAUGGGAAGCGAAAACCGGAGAAGAAACCAAGCGCAAAGGACAUCAAGAAGGAGAAGAAGCCAAAGGAGCAGCAGGAGGAAAGCAAAGAAAAUGAUGAGCCGCUUGCUCAUGAGGCGCAUUCUCAGGUGGAUGCGGAUGGGCAUAUUACCUUCUCUCCCUCCGCACACAAACGGAAGGCACCGAGCCAGUCCCAGAACGUGCCCGAAUCCAGACUGUCCAUUGAAUCCUCAUUCUACUCUACCGAAAAGGAAAAGGAGGUGACAGACCUGGGCCGUAACUCGCACACUGUCGAAACUGCAUUGCCCGAGGAAGAAGUCCGGCAGGAGCGGAGACCUAGUGGUCCAAGGAUUUGUCCACGUGAUGCGCCAUGCCCUGCGGCUGCACCUGUGGCCCAGAAGAUCAGUCCAACCGCUGCUGAGCUGCCGGGUGGGAAUGCCCAACAGGUGCAGAUGCUCUGCGACAUGAUUCGCACAGAACUGACUUCGGCGCCGGACUUUAUUUACUUCGAUGCCAAGUGGCGGAUCAUCGAGAUACUGCGUGAGGUGCACAAGCGCCAGCUGGUCCACCAGAAGGGCACACCAAUCUGCAACGGACAACGCUGUCCACCUGCACCGCCGCUCAAGAAGUUUCCGCCCAGUCAGAAUUCCUCGCGAAGAGGUUUGCCGGUGCCGGAACAGAAGGUCGGAGCAGCACGCGCCUGCGACUGUCAGUUCUGCCGUCGGCCCGCGAUUGAGAUGGAAGUGGAGGCAUUUCUGAACAGCUCCAAGCUGCUGCAGCACUGGCCAAGCUGCCUGGUUGGUCUGCUCCUCGUUUUGGUCAUUAAAUACAUCGUCCGCAAGCGCAAGGAUAGCUCCAAGCAAGAUGGAACCGUCAGGGAUGAGGAUAUAGCAACUGAGUUCGAAGAGGUAGCGGACGACGACCUGCAGCCCGCUCUGGAGGAGAAGCCGCAUGUGCAGUUCGUUCCUGGCCAGACACUCAAUCCCAAUGGCGCCCAGCGCUUCUAUGAGCUGGUGUGUGGACGUCGCAGCAUUCGCUCGUUCAGUGCCUCGCCCAAGCCCAGCCUCAGCGUCAUUGAGGAGUGCAUAAGGGCGGCUGGAACUGCUCCGAGUGGAGCGCACACAGAGCCCUGGACGUUUUGCGUGGUGGAGGAGGCCGGAGUCAAGCAAUCCGUGCGUUGGAUUGUGGAGCACGAGGAGCAGAUCAAUUACAACAAGCGCAUGCAUCCCCAGUGGGUCACGGAUUUGCGACCACUCCAAACAAGCCAUGUGAAGCCGUAUCUCACGGAUGCGCCCUAUCUUAUCCUGAUCUUUAAGCAGGCCUACGGCACCACCAAGGAGGGACGAAGGAAAACCCACUAUUACAAUGAAAUCUCCACGUCCAUUUCUGCCGGAAUCCUGCUGUGCGCCCUGCAGGCAGCGGGGCUAUCAUCUCUGGUCACAACUCCUCUGAACUGUGGCCCCGCCCUGAGGGAGCUGCUCCAGCGACCGGAGAACGAGAAACUGCUGAUACUCCUGGCUGUGGGCUAUCCGUCGGACGACUGCAAGGUGCCCGACUUGGAGCGCAAACGUCUGGACGAGAUCAUGGUUAAAUAUUAACAUUUACAUUCCAAAUAAAUUACUAAAAGUG